AUGAGUUUCAGUCCGGUCGUGGGACCAGAGGCGUUAAUUGCAGGUGGAAAGGCGACAAAAGACUCAGGUUUCGAUCCUAGAGAGGCUUCGAAUUGGGGAAAAAGAAAUGGGUUAAAGCAUUCUCAUGUUGUGCAGUAUGUAAUAAAGCAGGUAUCUAAAUGUAAACGAGCCAUAGAAGGUAGAUUUGAUAGCAAUUGGCGUAGGGUUACAAGCUCACUGACAUCCGUAGAGAUACGUGAGCAGUAUAUAAUGCUACCUCAACACAGCGGCCCCGAUACACGGAGGAGCGGAGUGGUCUGGCGUACAACCCAGAUUCGGCUACGCACACUCAGGAGUAGAUUUAUUAAUUCCUUAUCUGGAAUAUACCGUAAUAAGGCAGGUUAUAAUCCGCGGUAUAAUCUUAAUCCCUCGGUGAAUCAGAUCUAUCUCCAGCUCCAGCGCGCUAUAAUGAGAGUCUAAAUUACACUCCCCUCCCGGACUGCAUUAAAAUUAUAAUAGAAAACCGGAUCCGACUUAUAAAUAGAACGGGAGAGAUGUAAUCUGGGGGCUGGAGGGAUAGUGUAUUUCACAAACGGACACUGAGGGCUAUUUAUUGGGCCCUUUCUUACGUCCUAUUGGCAACCUUGAUGAUGGCAGCGCUAUCUAACACCUAUCUGCCUAAUGACAGAUAAUAAGCUACUCUAUACCAUCAGAUUAGAUUCCUCUACUUAUUCAUCACUCCUUGUUAUCAACCAUUCUCAUUUUCUUUUAUUUAUUUUUUUUCUUCUUCGGCAUCUUUGUCUUUGUAAAUCUUCUUACUGCUGCAAAACUCUUUUUUAUACUUCUUCGACUAUACUAAGCAGAAGAAGAAUCGACUAACACUUUAAUUCCUUAUUAAAGUUUUUU